CCGGGGCGUGAGUAUCUCCGCUGCCGGAGGACCGCGGCGGGCGGCGCGCAGGGCCCCCGCCUCCCGCUCCCCACGCGGCCGCCGCGCCAGAGCCUCGCCCACUCCAAUCCCCACCCUCACCAUCCUUAACUGUUAAAGAGCAGCCGCGCCCGGCGCGUUCCUAGAGGAUCCCGGGUGCAGAAGGCGGAAGGGGAGCAGACGCAGGGGGACUGGAAAGGCAGGAUGCGCCCUCCCGGAGCAACCUCGGCGCCCAGGGUCUGAGGCUGCAGCCCCAGCUCGCCAUUGUGAGCCGCCGGCAGAGCCAGGCGGCGCCACCGUACUCCCGGCUCCCCGUCCACGCCGCGAUGGGGCACCUGCCCACGAGGACGCGCGGCGGCCGCCGCCUCCUCCUGCUCUGGCUCUUUGUGCUGUUCAAGGAUGCCACCACAUUCCACGUAACUGUCCGAGAUGAUAAUAGCAUCGCUGUCUCUUUAGAAGCUUCAGACAUCAUGAGUCCAUCAUCUGUGUAUGUUGUGAAGAUAACUGGUGAAUCAAAAAAUUACUUCUUUGAAUUUGAGGAAUUCAACAGUACUUUGCCUCCUCCCGUUAUCUUUAAGGCCAAUUAUCAUGGUCUAUAUUAUAUAAUCACUCUGGUAGUGGUAAAUGGAAAUGUGGUUACCAAGCCAUCCAGAUCAAUCACUGUGUUAACAAAACCUCUUCCUGUAACCAGUGUUUCAAUAUAUGACUAUAAACCUUCUCCUGAAACAGGAGUCCUCUUUGAAAUUCAUUAUCCAGAAAAAUAUAACGUUUUCACAAGAGUAAACAUAAGCUAUUGGGAAGGUAAAGACUUCCGGACAAUGCUAUAUAAAGAUUUUUUUAAGGGAAAAACAGUGUUUAAUCACUGGCUGCCAGGAAUAUGCUACAGUAAUAUCACCUUUCAGCUGGUAUCUGAGGCAACUUUUAAUAAAAGCACUCUCGUGGAGUACAGCGGUGUCAGUCAUGAACCCAAACAGCAUAGAACUGCCCCUUAUCCACCUCGGAAUAUCUCAGUUCGUAUAGUGAACUUAAACAAAAACAACUGGGAAGAAGAGAGCGGCAGUUUCCCAGAGGAAUCAUUCAUGAGAUCACAAGAUACAAUGGGAAAGGACAGAGUCUUCCAUUUUACAGAGGACACUCCUGAAAUUCCCUCUGGCAACAUUUCCUCUGGUUGGCCUGAUUUUAACAGCAGUGAUUUCGAAACAACAUCCCAGCCAUAUUGGUGGGACAGCGCAUCUGCGACUCCUGAAAGCGAAGAUGAAUUAGUCAGUGUGCUUCCCACAGAAUACGAAAAUAACAAUACACUCAGUGAGACGGAGAAAUCAGUAUCCAGCUCUUUCUUUUCUUUCCCUGUACAAAUGAUAUUGAGUUGGUUACCACCAAAACCACCCACUGCCUUUGAUGGGUUCCAUAUCCACAUAGAAAGAGAAGAAAACUUUACUGAAUAUUUGACAGUGGAUGAAGAAGCACAUGAAUUUGUUGCAGAACUGAAGGAGCCCGGGAAAUAUAAGUUAUCUGUGACAACAUUUAGUUCCUCAGGAUCUUGUGAAACUCGAAACAGUCAGUCAGCAAAAUCACUCAGUUUUUAUAUCAGUCCUUCAGGAGAAUGGAUUGAAGAGCUUACAGAGAAGCCCCAGCACGUGAGUGUCCACGUUCUAAGCUCAACCACUGCCUUGAUGUCCUGGACGUCUCCCCAAGAGAACUACAAUGGCACCAUUGUGUCCGUGGUGUCGCUCACCUGCCAGAAACAAAAGGAGAGCCAGAGGCUGGAAAAGCAGUACUGCACUCAGGUGAACUCAAGCAAAUCUAUUAUUGAAAAUCUCGUUCCUGGUGCCCAAUACCAGGUUGUGAUGUACCUAAGAAAAGGCCCUUUGAUUGGACCACCUUCAGAUCCUGUGACAUUUGCUAUUGUUCCAACUGGAAUCAAAGACUUGAUGCUCUAUCCCUUGGGUCCUACGGCAGUGGUUUUGAGCUGGACCAGACCUUACUUAGGAGUGUUCAGAAAAUAUGUGGUCGAAAUGUUUUAUUUCAACCCUACAACAAUGACGUCAGAAUGGACAACCUACUAUGAAAUAGCCGCGACUGUCUCCUUAACUGCCUCAGUGAGGAUAGCAAAUCUGUUGCCAGCAUGGUACUACAACUUUCGAGUUACCAUGGUAACAUGGGGAGACCCGGAACUCAGCUGCUGUGACAGCUCCACUAUAAGCUUCAUAACAGCCCCAGUUGCUCCAGAAAUCACGUCUGUGGAAUAUUUCAACAGUCUGUUGUACAUCAGUUGGACCUACGGGGAUGACACCACAGACCUCUCCCAUUCUAGGAUGCUCCACUGGAUGGUUGUUGCAGAAGGAAAGAAGAAAAUUAAAAAGAGUGUAACGCGCAAUGUCAUGACUGCAGUUCUCAGCCUGCCUCCUGGAGAUAUCUACAAUCUCUCGGUAACUGCUUGCACAGAGAGAGGAAGUAACACCUCCAUGCUCCGUCUUGUCAAACUAGAACCAGCUCCUCCAAAGUCCCUCUUUGCAGUGAAUAAAACCCAGACCUCGGUGACUUUGCUGUGGGUGGAAGAGGGAGUCGCUGAUUUCUUCGAAGUCUUCUGCCAGCAAGUUGGCUCCAGUCAGGAAGCAAAACUCCAGGAACCAAUUGCUGUUUCCUCUCAUGUCGUGACCAUCUCCAGCCUCCUUCCUGCCACUGCCUACAACUGUAGUGUCACUAGCUUUAGCCAUGACAGCCCCAGUGUCCCUACAUUCAUAGCAAUCUCGACAAUGGUUACAGAGAUGAAUCCCAACGUGGUGGUCAUCUCCGUGCUGGCCAUCCUCAGCACACUGUUAAUUGGACUGCUGCUUGUUACUCUUAUCAUUCUUAGGAGAAAGCAUCUGCAGAUGGCAAGGGAGUGUGGAGCAGGAACUUUUGUCAAUUUUGCGUCCUUGGAGCGGGAUGGGAAGCUCCCAUACAACUGGCGUAGGAGUAUAUUUGCUUUCUUAACCCUGCUACCCUCAUGUCUUUGGACUGAUUAUCUUUUGGCAUUUUAUAUUAAUCCUUGGAGUAAAAAUGGCCUAAAGAAGAGGAAACUGACUAACCCGGUUCAACUGGAUGACUUUGAUGCCUACAUCAAGGAUAUGGCCAAAGACUCUGACUAUAAAUUUUCUCUUCAGUUUGAGGAAUUGAAGUUGAUUGGGCUGGAUAUUCCACACUUUGCUGCAGACCUUCCACUGAACCGAUGUAAAAAUCGUUACACAAACAUCCUGCCAUAUGACUUUAGCCGAGUGAGAUUGAUCUCCAUGAAUGAAGAAGAAGGUGCAGACUACAUCAAUGCCAACUACAUUCCUGGAUACAAUUCACCCCAGGAGUACAUUGCCACUCAGGGGCCACUGCCUGAAACCAGAAACGACUUCUGGAAGAUGGUCCUGCAACAGAAGUCCCAGAUUAUUGUCAUGCUCACUCAGUGUAAUGAGAAGAGGAGGGUGAAAUGUGAUCAUUACUGGCCAUUCACAGAAGAGCCCAUAGCUUAUGGUGACAUCACGGUGGAGAUGAUGUCGGAGGAAGAGCAGGACGACUGGGCCUGUAGACACUUCCGAAUCAACUACGCUGACGAGAUGCAGGAUGUGACCCAUUUUAACUACACCGCGUGGCCCGAUCACGGGGUGCCCACAGCCAACGCUGCGGAAAGCAUCCUGCAGUUUGUACACAAGGUCCGACAGCAGGCUACAAAGAGCAGAGGCCCCGUGACCGUGCACUGCAGUGCUGGAGUCGGUCGGACGGGAACGUUCAUCGCCCUGGACAGACUCUUGCAGCACAUUCGGGAUCAUGAAUUUGUCGACAUCCUGGGGCUGGUGUCAGAAAUGCGGUCAUACCGGAUGUCUAUGGUACAGACCGAGGAACAGUACAUUUUUAUCCAUCAGUGUGUGCAACUGAUGUGGACGAAGAAGAAGCAGCAGUUCUGUAUCAGUGAUGUCAUCUAUGAGAAUGUCAGCAAUUCCUAGCUCAGAAUCCCAACAAGACAGAACAUGAUGUGUACCCAUCCCCCUUUGCUCCCAGAGUUUUUAGGGGGGCCCUACUAGCCACUUGCUAAAAAAGAGCCCCACUUUGUAGUAUGUGGCCAAGGAGAUAAUUUAUCUCAUAUGAGCACCGGGAAGACUUAGCCUUAAAGAGCCUACUGUGUCUUUUGGACUCCUUCAUUUCUGGACAUUCAAUAAUGGACCAAAUUCGACCAAACACCAGAAAGGUCCAGGCGCUCUGCAGAGGGCAAGCAGCACACUUCCGAAGAGUUUCACUGGCCCUUUGCUGGCUGGGCUGAGUUUUUUGUUGUUGUUUUUAAGUGCAAUAAUUUUUGUACCUGUGUGAUUUUAUCAGAACAUUACAUUGUUUUCUGCCCACACUGUUGAUCAAACUCAUAGCCCAAAAAAGGAACAAAUAUUGUUAGUGUCACAUGAUACCUCAUUGUUAAAAAGAGGUAUGGCCACACAUGAAGAAAUAGCACUUCUGCUUAAAGGAAGUUGAACCAAUCAUAACUGUACUCCAAUCCAGGUUAUUGAUCAGGAUUGGGGAAGGUAGAUGGGGGUAGAAAAAGGGGUUCUCCCCACAGAUCCAGUGCGUAUCUUUUCCAAAUAUGAAAAGCUGUAAUUCAGCUUCAAAGUAGAGUAGAAAAAAUAUUUAAGUCUUAAUUGUUCUAGUUUUUUAAUUUUAUUUUUUUUUCUCCUGAUUAAUGGUUCAAUGUUUCUUCCUUGGCCCUCUUGGACUAAUAUCACUGUCCAGAUUCUUUUUCAACGAACUAGAUCUGAUUCAGAAGACUCUGUGAGGUCUGACUCUUUAGACUCCAUUGCUCCCUGGGCAAUCUUGGUGCCUAGAGUUUGCAUUCUUUUCUCUGUUGACCUGCAUACAUGUAAACGUUAUUUCUUUGCAAGCUAUGAACACGCACUUUCCCCCAAAGAGCUGGGAAUUUAUGAAGUUGUGGCAAUGAACUACAGCAUGCUAGGACAAUGAUUUGGCUACAUUUUUUUUUUGGGGGGGGGGUGGUAAUAUUGUCAAGCAUCCCUCUGGAUUCCGACAGAGACCUCUUUCUGUUUUGUGUUCCUUUGGGCUGUCAGUUUCAUUUUAACCCGUGUAACUAGCAACACUUUAUUCUUUGCAUUUUGUAUAAUUACAGUACAUGAUGGUGUCUUGUGACAUGAACUGCUGUCAAAAUGGACACAGAUGGUAUCCUGAAGCCUGUUACUUUGUGUCGCUUUCCUGAGAAAGAAGAGGUGAUGAUACACAAAGGAAAACACUUUGAUUUGAAAGUAAACACACACUGGCUGCCUCGCCCGGGAUGUCCUGAACUGUCCUAUGUGCGUUUCAGGAGGCGGUGUCCCCCUGUCUGUGUAUCCCUCCCUCGCCCUGGCUCCCCACUAUGCUGAGAACCUUCAGGAAGCGAUGCACGUGAUAUCAGUUUCAUCUGUGAUCAGUGGCCUUAGUAUGGUGAAGGAUGCCAAGGGGACAGCUCUGCGCCCCACUGUCUCUUGUCACUGAGAAGGCCUGGCCACAGCAGAGCUUGGCACAAUCCUUUGCGAGACCUGGCCAGAGAGUCUCAGGCUGGCAUCACGGGGGGAACGGGCAGAGGUGGUCCAGACCCUGCAGCUUAACAGCUUGGGUUCCCUGGGUGAUAUCAGUUUUGACUUGCACUCCCCUCCUUCCCCUUCUCACCUCCCCGCUGCCACCUCCUUCUCUUCUCACUCCCACACCUGAGGUCCCCUCUUGGACACAUUAAUAAUGUACCGCUCCAUUCCCAGGAACUAAAGAAGAGUGCCAAGUGUUUAUGUGUGACUUCCUUAGGUGUUCGCACACAGACAGGUCAGGAGUGAAGUGUGCACCCUCGGGUGAGCUGAUAAGACAGCUGCUGCUGCUGGUGCGUUUCCCGUGCUCACAGACUGGGACUUUACUUCCCUGAAACUGAAAGCGCUUUGUAAAUAGUUUAUGACUGUCUUGAGCACCCCUUCUUGGUAGGGAUCAAAUAGUCCCAGAUCAAUUUUCCCAAAAGAGAAGAUGAAGUAUCCAGAGAUAGAGGGAAGAAUCAGAGAAAACACACCAGCUACUUUACCAGAUCCUUCGUUCAAGGGUUUCCACAGCCAUCACUCUGUACACCCCUGGUACACCAGCGCUCCUAAAAUUGUAGAGUUUAUGGUGGGAAAAGCAUCCAUCAGAAGACUUGGAUUUUCAUCCUAUUAGGGGACUUUGAAAUUUAUCUGUCCUGACUCUCCAUUGAUGAACUGUGAAAGUGCCUACUAAAAGCGCCGUAUUUCACAGGUGUAAAGGGUAUCAGAUAUGAUAAUUCAUGCAAAGAUGCUUUGUAUCUUAUUCUUUCUUGUACCCUAAGAGAUUCUUGAACCAGCUCAAUUUCCACUCUAGGGUUCAACUUUAAAAAUUCAGAGCAGAGGUAGCCAGGGCCUCUGUGUUAUUAACUAAGGUAUUUUUUAAUCAUCUGAGUAGUGCAACAGCACAGUGAAUAUAGAGGCAUUAGCACAUGUGGUCCACAGUAGCCUACACGGUACUUAGAGCUGAAGUUUCUGAUUUUACAUAAAUAGCUUAGAGAAUAUCUUUGCAAAUCACGAUUUCCCAACAUAUUUAUGUUUCAACACAUGACAUAAAACUUUCUGCAGAGGGGGUGGAGAAAAGUGAAGAGAGAGGAGAGGAAAUAAGAUUUCAAAAUUAACCUUCAAUGAUAAGCCUAGAUAUUUGGCAAUUAUUUCUUUAUAAAAAUCACAGUGUUGUAAGUUUGAAACAUAUCAAAAGUGCAGUGCAUAAGUUUACUUAAAAAGUCAGUAGUGUCAAAUGUAUUUUUUAGGCAACAGAUUUCCCUUUCUAAAUAUAUUCUGAGUCACAUAAUUUUGGAUUAACAAGAUAUUUAACUUUGAGUGAUACUGAGAUCAAAUUUCUGGGCUGCAAAAGCCGAUUUCUAAAGUUAAUUGAGAAAUGACCUCGAGGCUCUAAUUUAUAACUUUAAUAUCUAACACCAAUAUAUCCAUACCUACACAUUAUAUUAGUCUUCCCUUGUAGCUCAGUUGGUAAAGAAUUUGCCUGCAAUACAGGAGACCCAGGUUCAAUCCCUGGGUCGGGAAGAUAUCCUGGAGAAGGAAAUGGCAACCCACUCCAGUAUUCUUGCCUGGAGAAUCCCAUGGACAGAGGAGCCUGGCGGGCUACAGUCCAUGGGGUCGCAAGAAUCAGACACAACUUAGCAAAUAAACUACCACCACACGUUAUAUGGCUUUAUUUAACUUGCAGCGGAAGGAAAGUGAUAGAUGGCAACCUUUUGCUGUGUUCUAAUCCAGGAUUUAUCAUUUUCCACUACAAAGUCAACACUGCCCCUCAAAUUUAAAAUGAGAAAAUUUAGUAAGGUAUUUUAAGUUCCUAUAAAAUCUUUAAUCAGAUUUUAUAAUCUCCCCCCUUUUCUAAAAUCUUUCCCUGCCCCCAGAAAGGUGAUACAUCUCUCAAACAAAGCUGGGGUGUCAACAUGUAAAGCAGGGGCUGGAGACUUUGAAUCUGAGAGAUUUUUUGCAGACGUUAUGAGAGCUGCUGGCUAGGGGAUUGGCUCUCAACCAAGGAGGUAAAGUUACUGAAUUCAAUCUCUAAGAGCCAAAAUCCUCCCUGCUUUCUAGGAGGCCUUCCUUUCCUCCUCGGGAAACGUCUGAUGUAAUGUGCUUCAAACUAGCUGGCUGCAUUCCUAGCUCACCAAUCACUCUCCUGGGGCUUGGCACAGGCUCAGAGCUCAGAGGCCAUGCCCAGCUCUGAACAGAACAUCCACUUUGGCCAAAGGGGUUAGAAAGCAACAAAAACCUACAUACAUACACCAACUCCUACCUCUACCUCUGGUUUUUUAACCAUCCUGUUUGGAUGCAUUUGAAGGAAACUUAAGCCAUCAUCUCUCUAACUCCUGGCCUUCCAGAACAGCAGGAUUUUUGUUUGUUGUUUUCAGUUUCAACUUAUGCUUAUCACAAAACCUGAUCCUGGGGGUGCCACUCAAUAAAAGAUGGAGGACCACGUAUAGCCCUGGUAGUUGUAUUAUGAGGGACAUGAGAAAACUGAAGAUUUUCCGGGGCAGGUCACCAGAACCCUGAGCGAUACCCAAGGCAAAGGUCAUGACCACCAGACCUCAACUGACUGAGGCCAUUCAGCCUGGAGUCAGGGACAAGUCACCAGUUUGUUGAAUCAUUUGUUAAACGAAGACGUGUUUUUGUAAUCACUUUGAAUGAACUGAUCAAUCAACCAAAAAAAGAUUUUUUGAUCACUUACAAUACUUAGGCACGAGAGCACAAAUCUAGAGAAGGCAGUGGCAACCCACUCCAGUAUUCUUGCUUGGAGAAUCCCAUGGACAGAGGAGCCUGGUGGGCUACAGUCCAUGGGGUCUCAAAGAGUUGGAAAUGACUGAGCGAUCUAGCACGCACGCAGAGCACAAAUGGUUGCCAUAGGCUAACUUGGAAAAAUAGGUUAUGGAAUCAGAGUUUGGUUGUUGUUGAAAAGACUAAGAAAGCAAUUAGACGUAUGAAACAAG